UAAUACGGAGUGCGGAGGAUCCAGGCCCUGAAGUGGGACACAGUGACAGUCCGCUUUCUCUCUCCAUCACCCAUCUUCCUGUCGAGGACAAGGUCAAAGAUCGCAGGUGUCUCUGUCGCUCACUCUAACUUCCUGUCUCACUGUGAGAGUUUCCUUCAUCCUCUUUCCAGCAAAAACCUCAAACCAGGCCCCUUUCUGGUUGUUUUGAGAUGCUCUAUGAUAUACUGUAAGUUCUGAUCAGAAAUCACAACACAGUGGAGAGACUUGAGAAACUGUUAUGGCUCCGAAACCAUGUUAGAUGUAGUUAAACUUUUUUUUAUAGCAUAAAAUAGCAUAUUACAUUUACUGUUUAAUUCAGACAGAUCAACAAAUAGAUGUUGGAUAUGGAUUGGUUUUAGUGUACAGUACAUUAUACACUAUAGUAUUCCCAACAAGCUCUCAAAGGCCCAUAUAUGUGUAAAUUCACACUUCUCUCCUCGCUUUCUACCAGUCUCUCUCUCUCUCUCUCCCUCUCUCUCUCUCUCUCUCUCUCCUAGUCAGGAUAUAGGUGUUGUCCACUGCAAAGGAAGGAAAUUCUGUCACUUAGAACAAUGGGCCUGUUUCUCUAUCUAUAGACCCAGAGAGGCUGAGAGCCACAGAGAGCGAGCAGAUUCUGUCCAGUUAUCGUGAAAAACAAAAGAAAAGGGUAUUUUAGUUAACAGAAGACCAAACUAAUGGAUGUUAAGAAGUAAAGAUGCGUAUGUAGACCUGUGACCGGUUGAGGCCUUUGAAAAAAUGGAAUUUCACCAUUGGGAAAAGGAAACUUACAACGUUAUUAGAUUACUUUGAGCUGAAUAUUUGCAUCUAGGUGGCGAAGGGUGAUAAUAAGACAGUAUAGAAGGAUCAGACGUGACUUUGGAUGGAGGGGUCUGGCAGUCCUCGCUUCAGAAAACUCCAUUUCCCAGUGGGUCUGUGGAUCAACUCUCCCAGGAAACAUUUUGCCAAGCUAGGGGGUCGCUGGCCCAGCGCUAUCUCUGUGAAGUCGACCACCAGCUCUGACGCAGCCUCCCUCCACGAGGCCCCCUCUGCUCCUUCCUCUUCCCUUUCUAACUCCACCCCCUCGCUGGCUUCCCCUACCCCAUCCCCAUCUCCAUCCCCGGCCUUCCUCAGGCCACGGCCUGCCGGGCCCCAGUCCCGCACAAAGCGCCUCUCCCAUCUAUUCCUGCGGGGGCGCUCCAACAGUGACCGGGACCGGGCGGUGGGGGAGAAGGAGAGAGAGGUAUGGGCCCACUCGGCUGCCCCCUCCUCCCACCACUACCUGCCCCCUGCCUCUUCCUCUGCCCCUGGCCUGAUCAAGAUCUAUGGGGAUGCCCUCUCCAGUGGGGCCAACUAUCGCUCCCUACUGGCCAACAUCCACUCCACAGCCAGGCAGCUCAUCGCCCAGGUCAUCACUCGCUACACUGAGAGAGAGAGGGAGGAGACAGAUGACGCAGUUCUCCAGAAACACAGCCCUGAGGACUUCCUGUUGUGUGAUGUCAUUGGAAAGCCCAUCCAGCAGCCAGAUGGAGCUAUCAAAUGGGAGACAGAGUGCCGGAGAAGUGUCGCCCCAUGGGAAUGUCCCUUGUUGUUAGUGGACAUGUGGCGGCCAAAGGACGGAUUUGAGCGGCGCUUUGAAAUCCAAAGGAAGGAAGACUAUGAGAGAGAGGAGACGGAGCGGGAGAAGGAGCGUGAGAGGGAGGGAGAGAACUACCAAGGUGUGCGCUGGCGACGAAGCAGGAUGUCAUCAGGAGGGGGACCCGAGGAGAGCGAACGCGGUCACCGUGGAAGGAACACAGAGCUCAGGAGGAGCAUCAGUGACAUGAACCUCAGUCUGCGGCGUCGCCAAGGCAACCACGUCAGUAAUGACCCACGUGGCUCUGGCAACCGGCCCAACAACAAUGGAAGAGUGCAGGACAGGAAGAACAUUGUGAGCAUGAUCAACCCGCAGCAAGGAGAGGUUAGAGCAUCAAAAGCUGAAGGAAAGGUUGGAUGGACGAACCAGCCGGCACAGGACGAGACAGAUUACUCCAGCUGUGACCUGGAAGUGAUGUCACAAAGUCUGAUCCUUCCACCCACAGACCGACCUUACUUCCUGUUGCUGCAGGGUUACGAUCAGAGCAAGGAUUUUGUUUUGUACAUCAUGGCGGGACAUACGCAUGUGUUUGGGAGAAAACCCACAAUGAGGGAGAGAGAGAAGGAUAGAGAGAGAGAGAGGAAGGGGAAGAGGCCCCUGAAGGUGGACACGUUCCUGUCUGCACCUGACCUUUUGGCCAGACACUUACUGAUCAGGAGAGACUCAGCUGUUCCCGAGACGCCCACUGGACAAGCUCUGAUGCGGCCUUUCAGAGGAGGUGCCGUCACACACAACGGAGUGGCCCUUUACAGGGAGACAGUGCUAAAGCCUGGGGAUGUGAUUGGUGUGGGGAACCACUUCCUUUUCCUGUACCGUGACCCCCGUGUGACUCCAGCUCCGCCGCUGGCAUUGACCCUGCCAUGGCAGGCUGAUGCCUCCACCACCUGCUGCCCCUCUGGGUUGGGGGACAGACAGGAAGUACUGAGGCAGUACCUGGGAUCUACUGAGGCAAUUUUGAAGUUCCAUCCCCGUCAUGCUGAUGCCUUGUUACAGGAGAUCAUCUCCAAAAAUUCCUCUCCAGACUCUGGAGGAGGACCUUUAGCUCCUGCCUAUCUCCUGUCAAUCAUGAUAGAUCAUGCCUCCAAACACCUGGACCCUGUUCUCACACCACAGAUAUUACUCAAGGCAGCCAACCUAAUAAAAGAAAUUGUCUGGGAUAACAUUAAGGAAUUUGGGGAUAAGCAUCCCACGCAAAACUCCACGGAACAAGAAGGUGAGAUUAGCUUGCCCAAUGUCCAGAAACUGUCAUCUGACCUUCGACCCCUGAUGUUCUGGAUGUCAAAUGCGACAGAGCUUCUUAACUUCUUCCAGGUCAAAGUCGAAGCCAUGGAGAAAGAGUGGGAGUUUGAAGCCCCCGGCGACCCAGUGUUGACGGCUGACAUGGACACCUGUUCAGAAGCCCUGGCACAGCUAGAUGAUGUCAUUAUGCACACCUUCCAGCAGUGUGUGUAUCACCUCACCAAGACCCUGUACUCACUCCUUCCAGCCCUACUGGACUCCAACCCUUUCUCCAGUGAGGAGAAAGAGAAAGAAAAGGACGGAGCAAGGGGUGGAGAGGGAGAAGAGAAAAGAGAAGGAGAGGCAGAGGUGGAUGACGUGUCUGCUUUGCCACCCAAAGUUGCGGGGCUGGUGGAAGUGUAUCGCUGUUCCCUGAUGCUGUCACGCGAAGCUUGUCUGUCUCCUCCGCUCACCUCCCAAACCUUUGGCUACCUCUUCUUCUUCACCAACACCUCUUUGCUCAAUACUUUGCUGGAGAGAGAUGGACUGUUUUCUUGGUCCAGAGCAGUCCAAAUCCGUACAAACUUGGACCUGGUUCUGGACUGGCUACAGGGAGCAGGAUUAGGAGACAUUGCCUCUGAGUUUAUGAAGAAGCUGUCAAUCACAGUCAACUUUCUGUGUAUUCCCAAGACCCGACUCAUUCAGUCAUCCUGGAUCAGUUUACAGGAGGACCAUACCUUGUUAAGCCCUGCCCAGCUGCACCACCUGCUCACUCACUACAAGCUGGGACCAACCAGAGCCCCGCCAGCAUCCUGGGCCCCUCCACCUGGCACAGAGCUGAGUGGAGACAUAUUUGAGAGCUUCCUGGACCAUCCUCCUCUUAUCCUGCCAAAUGAGACUCCACGCCUUGACCUCUCCCAGCCAAUCCCGAGCCCUGAGCUCCAAAAGGAAGUGACACGUCUCCGCACCUUCUUGUGGGGACUCGACCAGGAUGAGCUCCCCGCCAAUCAGAGGACUCGGCUUUGAGCAAGCCCAAAUUUGUCUCUUUAUGGAUAUCAUAUAGAAGUAAAAAGGAUAUCACCAGAAGAAGCACAGAAAAUGCAAACUGGACAUGUUUUGCUGCCUGGUUGUGUGUUUGUUCAUGACAUUUCCAUAUCAAUUCAUUUACUCAUUUAGAUAUUUUCAAGUAAGAGAAAUACAUUGGCUUUGGUAUGUCUUUAUAGAAUUUAUUUUAAAGCAGGGAGUAAAAACUCCAUGUCUGGCUGGGCCACGUAGUGUUAUGCUUUACGUGACUGUUUUACUUGGCUUCCAUGUAUGUUUUUGAACUACUUGUUUUUAAUAAAAUGCUGAAUUCUAGUCUAAAAGACCUACAGUUUCCAUAUGAUCUUUGACAAGCUUGUUUCCCACAGUAGGGCCCCUGGGACUUGGCAUUCGCCUCAGCCUUAACACCAAAGAUUCCACAAGGUGGCGAUGCAGGACUCAUUCCCCUGUGACGUUAAAUGAUGAGUCUGCAGGUAGAAUUGCUUGACUAAGGAGGCGAUCAUACAACUACAUUAUCGUCUGCUCCAAAAGCACACUCUCAUUUCCUGUAAUAAUGGUAGCAUUUUACGCAGGGUCAUGACUCAAGCAAGCAAAUGAGACUGUAACAACCACACACAAAGGUUACCUUUACUAAGGUAAGCUGUCAUAAAAGGUCAAAGCUGGGGAGAUUUUAAUUUCCCUUUGGUUGAUGUGACACACACAAGUGGUCUGAUCAGUAGGGUUUCCCAUUUCAUUAAUGUGGCCAUACAGAAAUGUCCCACAGGCAGCUCAUCAAGUAUAAAUUAGCAAGUGGUUGUCCAUGAGUAGACAGCAGACAGGUGAUAUCAUCGUUUGAAAUGAGUAACAGCUUAACUUAAACUUGCUACUGUCACAAUUCUGUAAUAUCCAGUUAAUUUCACUGUCUGGUCAGCCAGACAGCUUUAGAAAACAGUUCCCCGCUUUCUUUGUUUUGAGAGUGAAGCUCUAUGACGUCUCGAAAACUCAAGUUAUCAUGUUUCUUCUCUGGCGUCCGGCCAUACGGCUUCCUUUCUUCCGGUCAGCUUCACAGAUGAAUUCUUUUACGGUAAAAAGCCCAAAAAAACAUCAGUCCCGUGAGAGACCCCUGCUUACAUCAUCACUGUUGCCUCCGGUUCUGUCUCCCUGAUAUUCUCACUGAGCUGACAUCUAAAAACAUGCCAUUGAAAAAGACCGCUUAUAGAUUAUGAAUCAUGAGGAGAGGCACCCUGUGGUUACAUUUAUCAAUUAAGUGAUUGUAAUCACUCUCAUUUGAAAUUCUAUGCGGUGUAUGAGUGAGAGUGAGACUGUGUUUGUGUGCUAAUUUCAACUUUCCAGUAAUGUCAUACAGAUGUAGUCUGUGGACUUAUAAUUUAACACAGAUGGGGCUCAGACUGGUAUAGGUCCACAGUGAUUGUGUGAUAUUGUGUACAGUAGUCUAUGAUACAAUUCAGUGACCAAUGUCUGACUACUGUUAAGUAACAUGUAAGGUUUAGUAAGCAUGUGACACACACACAGUUUUCUGUGAUCUCAAUCACUGACACAGACAAAAUGUCAUACACUUUCACCCAGAGUUGCACAGUCAUACACACACACUCUCUUCUUUCUCUGUCUCACACACACAUGCACACACUUGGUAGAUUUCUUCACCCAGGUGCAGAGUCCCACACCUGUUGUAGCGGCUCUCUGUAAUUAGCUCAACACAAUUAUCAUUGGUGGGUGGAGGGAGGGGGCUGAAGACAAUGGGGCAGUUAUUCUUUCCCUAUCAUCUCCCUCUUUCCUUCUCUCUCCCUGCUGUCGAGUAAUGAAAGAUUCUUCCCUUCUUCAAAGAGAUGGA